AUGUCCCAAAUACUUCUCCCCGGCCAGCCCCUCCCAGCUGCCUUCAACACCACACCCCUUCCUCAGUGUGGUGUGGGGUGCUAUGAGAGCGAUGGGCGCAUCCUCGCUUCCGUUAUCGGGCGGCCAGUGCGCGAUGGCUCGAUCGUUAGCGUCGCGGGGAAACAAGACGCCGGCGCGGUGCCUGACAUCGGCGCGAUCGUCAUGGGCCCGGUCUCGCGCCUCUCGCCGACACAAGCGAGCAUCACUAUCCAGAUUGUCAAUGACCGCCCCGUCGCUGAGUCGACAGAGGAGAUCACUGGGGUCGUGCGCGUUUCGGAUAUCCGCCUGACGGAGCGCGACAAGGUGCGCAUGGGCGAGUGUUUCCGCCUCGGCGACAUCGUCAAGGCCAAAGUCAUUUCGCUCGGCGACGCGAGGAGCUAUUAUCUCUCCACCGCGGCAAACGAGCUCGGCGUGGUAUACGCCGUCUCUGAAGAUGGUAACCCCCUCCUGUCCAUCUCGUACCAGGAGAUGGAGGACCCUGGGACUGGCCGCACAGAGAAGCGCAAGGUCGCCAAGCCAGAGGAUGUGUAG